AACUUCUCCACACAGAACUCCAUCGCUGUGCUCGUCAUCGUUGCUGCGUCUCUGGCCCUGUGUAACGCCGAUGUCUCCCACCUGUCGCGCAGCUAUUUGCCCCCCCAGAGCAUUGGAUACAACGGUGGAUACAAUGGCUAUUCGGGCGGCUAUAACACGGGCUACUCCUCGUAUCCAACAACGUACUCGACCGGUGGCUACUACUCCGGCUCCGGUUCAACCUAUGGCUCUCCUCUGAUCUCGUCCAGCUACAAAAGCUAUGCGGUGCCACAGUACAAUGCUUAUGCAGCGCCCUCGCGCACAUAUCUGCCGGCGGACACAGGCUACUCCGGGUACUCCGGCUACAAUGGCCUGGACACCAAAUACGCCAGCAACGGAGGGUAUGUCUACUAGAUGCACCGCAUCCAUGGACCAAGAAUUGGAGGGCAGUAAUCCACUAGCGUUGCAAAACACUCCGAAGAGCAUAUUAACCUUUUUUUUUCUGCUAUAAUAAAUAAAAAAAGUU